UGCACAUACAUACCAAUAAAUGGCAGCAUAAAAUCCAAGAUGGUGCUCGAAAGUACGAUGAUAUGUGUCGACAACAGCGACUACAUGAGAAAUGGCGAUUUUUUACCAACUCGCCUUCAGGCCCAGCAAGACGCUGUCAAUUUGGUCUGUCAUUCAAAAACUCGAUCUAACCCCGAGAAUAAUGUUGGACUCAUCACUUUAGCAAAAAAUGAUUCUGCUUCCAGUGUUGAAGUACUGGCUACAUUGACCAGUGAUGUUGGCAGGAUUCUGUCAAAAUUGCAUCAAGUUCAACCGAGUGGCAAUCUCAAUCUCAUAACUGGAAUAAGAAUUGCCCAUUUGGCAUUAAAGCAUCGUCAAGGAAAGAAUCACAAAAUGAGAAUUGUUGCAUUCGUUGGAAGUCCAAUCGAACUUGAUGAGAAAGAACUAGUUAAAUUGGCUAAACGUUUGAAAAAAGAGAAAGUUAACGUGGAUAUUAUCAGUUUUGGUGAAGAGGCUGUGAACAAUGACGUCUUGACAGCCUUCAUAAACGCCUUGAACGGCAAAGAUGGCACUGGAAGCCACUUGGUUACUGUUCCACCAGGGCCUCAUCUAUCUGAUGCACUCAUUUCUUCACCAAUUAUCCAAGGGGAAGAUGGGCUUGGUGGUGCAGGCAUGAGUGGUGCAGCAUUUGAAUUUGGAGUUGAUCCCAACGAAGAUCCCGAGCUUGCCCUGGCACUGCGUGUAUCGAUGGAGGAGCAACGACAACGCCAGGAGGAUGAGGCUCGUCGUGCACAAGCAAAGGAAACAGCAUCAGCGAAGCCUGAGACAAUAAAAGAAGCCCCAAAUGAAGAAGCGAUGCUGAAACGCGCCCUUGCCAUGUCCAUGGAAGGAACAGAAGAGCUGUCUGCUGCACCAGAAGUAACUCAACCUAGUUCAGCAAAUGUACCCGAUUUUGCACAUAUGACUGAAGAGGAACAGAUUGCAUUCGCCAUGCAGAUGUCUAUGCAAGACCAGCAAGACUUUGAGCCCCAAAAAGAAGAAGCAAUGGAUGUUGAGGAUGAUUAUGUUGCUGUCAUGUCCGAUCCGACAUUCCUACAGACCGUUUUGGAGAGUUUACCAGGUGUUGAUCCUCAAUCUGAUGCUGUGCGAGAGGCAGUCGAUUCAUUACAGCAGAGGGACAAAGAACUGAACAAGGAUAGUGACAAGAAGAAAUAGAUUAUUUUCCAUCAUUUUUUAUUACCUAAAAAAAAUUAUUUCUCUGGAUGUAUUUCCAAUUCAAGGUAUUUGAUAUUCCCAAUUGAUGUGUGUAACGAAUUUGUAUCGUUAUUCGCUUUAAUCAACAAUAAAAGUGCAUAAGUAAGACAA